UCCGCCCUCCUCAGCUCCGGCGGCGGCGGCGGCGAGAGCGGGACGGGCCCGGCCGCGGAGCCCCCGGCGGCGGGUGGGACGCGGGCGCCCGGCCGAGUUGUUGUUGUUGUUGUUCCGGCAGCGGCCGCGGAGGCGUGAGGAGGUGGAUGUGGAAAGAGAAGUGUGCAGAGCUGAGAUGGAGGUCAGAGGGUCGGUGCAGAAGGUGGGCGGGGCCUCGGGUUCUGUGGCCGCACUCCCCAGUGAAGAGUUUGUCUUGGUUCCCCAGCAUGCGGACACUGCUGCUACAAAGGGUGACGAAACACCUCACCUCAAGAUAGUUUCGAAUGGUGAUGAGCAACUGGAAAAAGCCAUGGAAGAGAUUUUGAGAGAUUCUGAGAAAGGGCAGAACCCUCUUGUUGAUUGUCAAAGUUCUGGUGAAAUUUCAGAUGGUUCAUUUGGAGAUACUCCAGCCAGCCAACCAAAUAAGUCAUCUCUUCAGUUGAUUUUGGAUCCAUCUAAUACAGAAAUUUCUACGCCCAGGCCAUCUUCUCCAAGUGAAUUGCCUGAAGAAGAUAGUGUUUUGUUUAACAAGCUGACCUACCUAGGGUGUAUGAAGGUUUCUUCCCCGAGGAAUGAAGUGGAGGCUUUGCGGGCGCUGGCCACGAUGAAGUCGUCCUGUCAGUACCCUUUUCCUGUUACUCUGUAUGUGCCAAAUGUUCCAGAAGGUUCUGUGAGAAUCAUAGAGCAAUCCAGCAAUGUUGAGAUAGCAUCUUUUCCAAUCUACAAAGUGUUGUUCUGUGCACGUGGACACGAUGGGACGGCGGAGAGCGGCUGCUUUGCGUUUACAGAGAGCUCCCAUGGCUCAGAAGAAUUUCAGAUACAUGUUUUCUCUUGUGAAAUCAAAGAGGCUGUAAGCAGAAUUUUAUAUAGUUUCUGUACAGCAUUCAAACGUUCUUCCAGACAAGUGUCGGAUGUUAAAGACUCGAUUAUGCCAACACCAGACAGUGACGUGUUCACGUUCAGUGUCUCCUUGGAGGUAAAAGAAGACGAUGGAAAAGGAAACUUUAGUCCUGUGCCUAAGGAUAGAGAUAAAUUUUAUUUCAAAUUAAAGCAAGGAAUAGAGAAGAAGGUUGUGAUUACAGUGCAGCAACUUUCCAACAAGGAAUUAGCCAUUGAAAGAUGCUUUGGGAUGCUGUUGAGCCCAGGUCGCAGUGUGAAGAGCAGUGACAUGCACUUGCUGGAUAUGGAAUCCAUGGGAAAAAGUUGUGACGGGAGAGCGUAUGUCAUCACCGGCAUGUGGAACCCCAACGCUCCAAUAUUUCUGGCACUUAAUGAGGAAACCCCGAAAGAUAAGCGGGUGUACAUGACCGUGGCAGUGGACAUGGUGGUCACGGAGGUGCUGGAGCCGGUGCGUUUCCUGCUGGAGACCGUAGUCCGCGUGUACCCCGCCAACGAGCGAUUCUGGUACUUCAGCAGGAAGACUUUCACGGAAACUUUCUUCAUGAGGUUGAAACAGUCCGAGGGGAAAGGCCAUAGCAGUACUGGAGAUGCGAUAUAUGAAGUGGUGAGUCUGCAGCGCGAGUCUGACAGAGAGGAGCCAGUGACUCCUGCCAGUGGAGGGGCGCCGUCGUCACCCCAAGAGGAUGAGGCCGAAGAGGAGAGCGACAGUGAACUCUCCAGUGGAACAGGCGGUGUAUCUAAGGACUGUCCGGAGAAGAUCCUGGAUUCCUGGGGAGAACUGCUAGGAAGAUGGCACAGCAAUCUCGGUACACGCCCCAAAGGGCUGCCUGCUCUGGUCAAGAGUGGUGUUCCUGAAGCACUCAGGGCGGAAGUGUGGCAGUUACUAGCCGACUGUCAUGACAAUCAGUCUAUGCUGGAUACAUACCGAAUUCUUAUCACGAAGGACUCAGCCCAGGAGAGCGUUAUUACUCGAGAUAUUCAUCGUACAUUCCCCGCCCAUGAUUACUUUAAAGAUACCGGAGGUGAUGGCCAGGAGUCACUGUAUAAAAUCUGCAAGGCAUACUCCGUGUUUGAUGAAGACAUCGGCUACUGUCAGGGACAGUCGUUUCUCGCUGCUGUAUUGCUGUUACAUAUGCCAGAGGAACAAGCAUUUUGUGUUUUGGUGAAAAUCAUGUGUAAGUAUGGCUUGCGAGAUCUCUACAGAAACAACUUUGAAAUUCUUCAUUGCAAAUUCUAUCAAUUGGAGAGACUAAUGCAGGAGCAGCUGCCGGACCUGCACAGCCAUUUCAGUGAUCUGAAUUUGGAAGCUCAUAUGUAUGCAUCCCAGUGGUUUCUCACGCUCUUCACGGCCAAGUUCCCUCUCUGCAUGGUGUUCCACAUCAUUGACCUACUGCUGUGUGAGGGAUUGAACAUCAUCUUCCAUGUGGCCUUGGCUCUGCUGAAGACCUCAAAGGAAGACCUUUUGCAGGCAGAUUUUGAAGGUGCCUUGAAGUUCUUCAGAGUCCAGCUUCCAAAGAGAUACAGGGCGGAAGAAAAUGCAAGAAGAUUGAUGGAACAAGCAUGCAAUAUUAAAGUCCCAACCAAAAAGCUGAAGAAAUAUGAGAAAGAGUAUCAGACGAUGCGAGAGAGUCAGCUGCAGCAGGAAGACCCCAUGGACAGGUACAAGAGGGAGAACCGCAGAUUGCAGGAGGCCAGCAUGAGGCUGGAACAAGAGAAUGACGACCUCGCCCACGAACUCGUAACCAGCAAGAUCGCUCUGCGGAACGACUUGGAUCAGGCAGAAGACAAGGCGGAUGUGCUGAAUAAGGAGCUGCUCUUGACCAAGCAGAGACUGGUGGAGACCGAAGAAGAGAAGAGGAAGCAAGAGGAAGAGACUGCCCAGCUAAAAGAAGUCUUCAGGAAACAGCUAGAGAAAGCGGAAUAUGAAAUAAAGAAGACUACAGCUAUCAUUGCUGAAUAUAAACAGAUCUGUUCCCAGCUAAGUACCAGGCUAGAGAAGCAGCAAGCAGCCAGCAAGGAGGAACUGGAAGUAGUCAAGGGCAGAAUGAUGGCUUGCAAGCACUGCAGUGACGUGCUCAGCAAGGAAGGCACUCUGAAGGUAGCAGCCGUGAGCAGAGCGGACCAGGGCGUCGAAUCGGAUGACGAGAAGGACUCGCUCAAGAAGCAGUUGAGGGAGAUGGAGCUGGAACUGGCACAAACCAAACUGCAGUUGGUGGAGGCCAAGUGUAAGAUCCAGGAACUUGAACAUCAGAGAGGAGCCCUUAUGAAUGAAAUCCAAGCUGCAAAAAACUCUUGGUUUAGCAAAACCCUGAACUCCAUCAAAACGGCCGCAGGCACACAGCCGCUGCAGCCACCGGCGGCCGGCCAGCCAGCCAAGGAGAGCAGCACAUAGCUCGAGCCUCAGCCACGCGCGAGCACACCAUCAAGGCAGCCGAGGCCCGGGUGCCCUGGAGGGAAAGCAGAGGCAGCCGGAAAACAAGCCAGAAUCUCUGAGUAGCUCUCACUCUUUCUUCUCCGACAGUUUUCAAAGGGAUGCUAUGGCAACCGACCUGGUUUAUGUUGAAUGCCUACUUUCUAGCUUGUCCACGGAAGGCUGUGUUCGGGUUCAUUAUAGUAUUACACAUUA